CAUCGCUAUCGCCAUCGCCAUCGCCAUCGCUAUCGCCAUCGCCAUCGCCAUCGCCAUCGCCAUCAUCCAUCCAAUCCUCAUCCACGACACGACACGUGUGCGCCACUGUCACUUCGCUGCUCGGCACUUCAAGCAUCAAUCUUCGGCCCCCCACACUGCACCUCACUACUGUUCAUCAUGACUCGCACGCACGCUUCGCCCAAGUCGUCGUCAUCGACGCAAAAGCAUUUAAGAAAGGAAUGGAGGGGAAGGAGCGGAUCUCUGGAUUUCCUUCACAAACCAGAUCUGACUAGAAUCGCUUGCAACAGCACCGACAGCAUUGCAGCAGCAGCAGCAGCAGCAGCAACAACAACAUCCACAGGAUCGUCAUCCUGCAUUCCCAGAUCACCUAGCUCACCUCGCUUCACCGCAUCUCUGCACGCUGCUCAACGUAGGAGGAGAUCCUCAGCUGCUCGCCUCGGCUUGACCGUUCACACCCACACCCACACCCACGCGCAGAGUCACACUGCACCUGCCAGUCCCACUGACAUUGCCAGUCCGACCGACGAGGCGCAAAUGUUCUCCACCAUCCUCAUCGCUCCAAUCUCUUCUCGCGCUGCUCGCGUAUCGCCAUUUGGUAGUCGCGCUCCUCCUCGACGUCAACGCGAAGACAGCAGCAGCAGCAGCAGCAGCGUCGCAAACAACAAGGACGACGACGACGACGCCAUGUCUUGCAACGAUUCCUUCACAGGAUCUCCACCACCAUCCGUAGCUGCAUCCGACUCCGCCAUGUCGAGCAAGAGCAAGAGCCAGCAGCGCGCAUCCAGCAGAUCCGCUUCCCCCAUGGCGCCAGCUUACGAAGCGCGCACAAGCAAGAGCAAAGUGACCUCUUUCGGCAGCGGCAGCGAAAAGGAUGAAAAAAAGAGCGGUGGAAUGGGUUACGAGUCGGACGAGGACAGGGGAUGGGUACUUCACCUUCUACGCGACGAUGAGGAGCGCGGCGAUCUGCUGCACUUGCCCCCGUCCUACGACAGCUUGACCAAGGAAGAGCAGCGCGCCAGGCCUAUGCUAUCCUCGUCUUCCGAAGCCUCUUCUGCCUCUGCUUCUGCGUCCAAUUCCAAUCCUUCUCGCCCAUCCCUGUUGGCGCGCGCCAAGGCGGCUCGCAAGGCCAAACACAUGGCCAAGGUGGAAGCAGCUCACGAUGCCUGGCAAGCGUACGGCUUGGAUACGAGGGCGAUGGAGAGGAGCGGUAAGAAGAUGCCGCCAUUCUUUCUCAACCCGCCAAAGUGCAGCAAUGUGGACAUGAAAAAGAUGCUGAGGGAGCAGGGAUUGUGAUCUGAUUAGACUGAUCGGUGGGGUUAGCCCAACGAAACAAUGGUCUCUUUUACCGCCCGCAAUCGCAUUCACGGUGCACCGUCCAUCCAAUCACACGCUCGAGCUGGACU